UGCCCCGCGCAGGUGGCGGCGCGGGCGCGGCUCGUGGUGACUCCCCGGGCCGGGGCGGUGGCGGGCGCUGAGCCCUCGGCCCGGAUGGAAAGUGGGGGUGAUGCCAGAGCGGCACCUCCGCGGGGCGGCAGAGGCGGCGGCCGUGGCGGGGUUCCAGCAGCUGCUAAGCCCGGCGCUCCCCCGGCCGCGGAGACCGGCGUGAACAUGGAUGGGCCCGGCGGCGGGGGGAGCGGGGCGGCCGCAGACACGGACGCUGCUGCAGCGCCGGCAGCCCCCGGGGCCCCCACCCCGCCGCCCCGCGGCCCCGGCUCCAGGGACCCCAAGCUGGUCCAUCAGCGGUUCCUGCGGAGGAGCGUGGUAGACUCGGACCAGGAGGAGCCCGCCUUCGACCUGCCCGAGGCGGAGCACCAGCGGAGAAUCAUCCUGCUCCCCAAAACCAGGAGGAUAAUCGCGGAGCGGGCGAAGGCGGGGCAGGGGGCGGCGGAGGCGGCGGGCCGGGAGGCCGAGUGCUCCGGGGAGCUGCGGGCAACGCCGCCCGCAGGCAGCGCCGCGGGCGCCGAGGAGCAGAAGGAGCCAGGCAAGGAUGCGGAGCGGAGAGAGGCGCAGGAUGCUGCCAAGGACCAGGGCAAGGCUAAGAAAGAGGAGCCCGAGGAGGAGGCUGAUAUGAAAGCGGUUGCCACCUCGCCGGAUGGCAGGUUCCUAAAGUUUGAUAUUGAACUCGGGCGGGGAUCCUUCAAAACGGUCUACAAGGGUCUGGACACGGAGACGUGGGUCGAAGUCGCGUGGUGUGAACUGCAGGACAGAAAACUCACAAAAGUAGAGAGGCAGAGAUUUAAAGAGGAAGCAGAAAUGUUGAAAGGUCUACAGCACCCAAACAUCGUGAGGUUUUAUGACUUCUGGGAAUCCUGUGCAAAAGGCAAAAGAUGCAUCGUGCUGGUUACCGAGCUGAUGACCUCUGGAACGCUGAAGACGUAUCUGAAGAGGUUUAAAGUGAUGAAACCUAAAGUCCUGCGGAGUUGGUGUCGGCAAAUCCUGAAGGGUCUUCUUUUCUUACACACAAGAACUCCACCAAUAAUUCACAGAGACUUGAAAUGUGAUAAUAUUUUUAUUACUGGACCAACUGGAUCUGUGAAAAUAGGAGACUUGGGUCUGGCAACACUCAAAAGAGCUUCAUUUGCCAAAAGUGUUAUAGGUACACCAGAAUUCAUGGCCCCGGAAAUGUACGAGGAGCACUAUGAUGAAUCUGUGGAUGUCUAUGCGUUUGGAAUGUGCAUGCUGGAAAUGGCUACCUCAGAAUACCCUUACUCAGAAUGCCAGAAUGCUGCUCAAAUCUACCGAAAAGUUACCUGUGGUAUAAAGCCAGCAAGCUUUGAGAAAGUUACUGAUCCUGAAAUUAAGGAGAUAAUUGGGGAGUGCAUCUGCAAAAACAAAGAAGAAAGAUAUGAAAUUAAAGAUUUAUUAAGCCAUGCCUUUUUUGCUGAAGAUACUGGGGUAAGAGUGGAACUUGCAGAGGAAGACCAUGGUAGGAAGUCUUCUAUUGCCUUAAGACUCUGGGUAGAAGAUCCUAAGAAACUGAAAGGAAAACCCAAAGAUAAUGGCGCCAUUGAGUUUACUUUUGAUCUGGAGAAGGAAACUCCUGAUGAUGUUGCACAAGAAAUGAUUGACUCGGGCUUUUUCCACGAGAACGAUCUCAAGAUCGUGGCCAAGUCCAUCCGUGACAGAGUGGCGCUGAUCCUCUGGAGGAGGGAGCGCAUCUGGCCCAGGAUGCAGUCGGAGGAGCGCCGUGACUCGGAGUGCCUGGACAAGCUGAAGGCACCGCAGGCACAGCAGGUCCAGGUCACCUACCUGUCCCACACGGGCCACCACAUCCUGUCAGAGCCUGAGGAGCCGGAGGCAGACCAGCACCCCUUCCAGCAGAACCUGCCCACCAGCGUCACCUCUGUCGCAUCUGACAGCACGUUUGACAGUGGCCAGGGCUCCACGGUUUAUUCGGACUCGCAGAGCAGCCAGCAAAGCGUCAUCUACUCGUCCCUGCCAGACGCUGUCCCUCCUGCCAUCCAGAGGGUGUACAGCCCCCCCCUGAGCGAGGGCCAGCCUGUGCCCCACAGCCUCCCCCAGCUCGGCCACUACCAGCAGCCCUCGGCACCCGUCCUGCCCGCAGUGCCAGCCACACCCGCCGUGGUGCCCCAGCACUACCAGGAGCCGGCGAUGCCGUUCCCCGUGGUCCCCAGCACCGUGGCCUCGCUGCCGCUGGGGCAGCCGCCGCCGCCCGUGCUGGCCGGCCAGCAGCAGCAGCCCAUCUCACAGGCAGCCUCGCUGCAGCAGGUGCUCAGCAGCCAGCCCGUGUGCCCGCUGCCGCCAGCCCCCCACCUGCUGCCGCCCUUCCCGGCGCAGGGCUCGCAGGUGCCCGCCAGCAGCACCCCCCUGAAGCCCCUGCAGAUCUCCACCGUGCCACAGCUCCCGCCCGUGGCCCCUUCCCAGAUUCCUCAGUUUCCUGUCAUUCCUGCAAUUACUCCUCUGGCAGGGCUUGACAGCCUUCCUCCAAACCUGUCUGACAUCCCUGCUGCAAACGUGCCCCCCAUUCCUGCUCCCUCCCAGUACUUUGCUCCAGCCGUGAUCCUGCCCAGCCUGCCCAUGAACCCCACGCUGCCCAUGGCGCCCAACUCCCCCGCCCUGCCCAUGCAGGCCGUCAACCUGCCUCACACCACCGUGGCUUCUCUGGUCCUGCCCUGCCAGCCCAUGGUGCCAAACAUGCCGGCGGCCACCAUCCCGCUGCUGGCCGUGGCACCGCCGGGGGUGCCGCCGCUGCCGCCGCACGCCGCGCUGCCGCCGCAGCCCGUGUUCCAGCCCGCCUUCCAGCCGCUGCUGCCCGGCGACGCGCCCUCGCCCCGCCACGCACAGAGCUCCCAGCCCGUGACCCAGGCACAGCCACCUCCUCCAGCCCUGCAGCCGAGCGGCAUCCACCCUCCUGAGCCGGCUCACCAGCCCAUGCCUGGACACACUCAGUUUGCUCUGGAAGCUGGAGCCCAGGUGCCCGUGCUGCCAGUGCAGCCCUCCAUGGUCAUGUCACCGCCGUUGCAGCUGCAGCCAGAGCUGGUGCCGCCCUGCGUCGCUCCCGAAGGCGUUGCCCAGGUCCAUGGCAGCCUUGCCACAGCUGCCCCGGCAGCCCCCAUAGAGCCUGGCCUGCCUCUCCAGCCCUCUGCUCUGCUGCAGCUCCAGCCUGAUCUUUCCCAGCCACUGGGCCAGCAGCUCCCAGCUCCCUGCUCGGCUGUCGCGGCAGGCACAGAGACAUCUCAAGAGGAGCAGGCAAUACAAGACAAACUCCAAGCUCUGUCCCAGAGUUGCGAAAGCUACAUGAGUCCAGAUGUUGCUUCUAGCAAAGAGAUGAGUGACAGCUUGGAAGGAGCAACAGGAAGUGGAAAGCAAGAAGGAAAGUCUUCAAAGAAGCAUAAGAAAUCUACACGUGCUCGUUCACGCCAGGAGAAGUCCAACAGACCCAAACUGACCAUAUUAAAUGUGUGUAACACAGGGGAUAAGAUGGUGGAAUGCCAGCUAGAAACCCAUAACCACAAAAUGGUGACGUUCAAGUUUGAUUUGGAUGGUGAUGCGCCGGAGGAAAUUGCAACUUACAUGGUGGAGAAUGAGUUCAUCUUGCAAAGUGAAAAAGAGACUUUUAUUGAACAAAUGAAGGAUAUCAUUGAUAAAGCAGAAGAUAUGCUCAGUGAGGAUACAGAAGGAGAGCGAAGUUCUGACCAGGGAACAAGUCCCCAACAAGAUGCAGAUAGGCUGGAAAUAAGUGAGGAGAAGCGUCAGUCUCAAAUGAAGACGCCUGUGUAUCAGCAAAACGUUUUGCAUACCGGAAAAAGGUGGUUUAUUAUAUGUCCAGUGGUUGAAAACCCUACUACAGAUGCCCCUGAGUUUUCUCACCCGGUGCCUCCCAGUGCCCAGCAGACAGAAGGGCCAGACCCGGAGCAGUCAGGUGACCAGCCGGUGAGCUCUGCAGUGACAGAGGCACCUGGGCUCGGGGCUGGCCAGCAGCUUCCCCUGCACACAGGGGUCAGUGACAGCCCACUUGGAGCCGCCCUGUCCUUGGCACCAGCUCCUGCUGCAGCAGCUCCUGCCAGCCUAGCAAGCCAGCCAGAGUUCCCAGCGCCAGCCGUGCUGGCAUCUGCCCCGAGCAUCGUGGAGCCCGCAGGGGCCAGCGGGGGUCAGCCGGAGUUCCCCCAGCCCGGCCCCCCGCCCCCUCGAGCCGUGGGGCUGGAGGAGCCCCCCGAGGCCCCGGCCCCGCACCUGCAGCCGCAGGCGGACGAGCCGGCCUGCGUGCCCGACGUGGAGAUCGCCUGCUGCAGCGUGGGGCCGCCCGCGGCCGCGCCGGCGGCUCCGGGGCCGCUGCCUCCGGACGCCGCGGUGCUGGAGCGGCAGCCGGCGCCGCAGGGGCCGCACCUGCCGGAGGGCGGCCAGCCCGGCGCGGGGCCCUUCGGCAGCCAGCCCUUCCCCGCGGCCGCCGGCCCCGACGCCCUGGCCUUGGCGGGGUCCCAGCUCCAGAGCCCCACGCAGGUGCCGCUGGCCACGUCCCAGCAGCUGCCGAUGGCGCAGGGUGGCGCGGGGAUGGCCGGGGCAGGGGUCGGCCUGCUCCAGCAGCAGAACCCCUCCGGCACCGCCGAGUCCGACGGCGAGGGCCCCCCCAGGGUGGACUUCGUGGACAACACAAUUAAAAGCCUUGAUGAGAAGCUGCGCAAUUUGCUGUACCAGGAAUAUGUUCCAACUUCUUCGGCAUCAGCAGGGACGCCAGACACCUGUGUGCCACCCGAACAGGGCGACAGUGAAUUUACCUUGUCCCCUUUUCCUGAAGAGCAAACUACUGCCCCAGCGUUGGAUGGGAGGGAACCAAGCUAUAGCAUCCCGGACACCGGCCAGGAGGUGAAAGCUGCUGCCGAGCCGCUUGUGCCCCUCGUGCCCUCAGAGGCCUUGCCUUGCCCACCACUGGUCAGUCCCCCAGUGGCUCUGCCCUUCAUCCCCUCAAAGCCAGCCUGUAGGGCUGGCCCCAGGGCAGAGCUCAAGACUCACUCUCCUGCGUUGAACCAGCCAGAAGUCACUGGUGUGAGUGCUCAUCCCUCAGAGGCAAGAGGUGGGUCAGCAGGCGGAACAGGUCCAGCCACAAGCAUCACUUCAGCUCCUGCUGCUCCAGCAAAAGGCCUCCUUCAGGUUGCACCUUCAUCAUCAGGCACAGCUCCACAGAUGGAGACUUUCCAGAGGAGUGAGGAGGCAGAGAGGACAGCUUCGCCCGCACACGCAGAGAGCGUAACGCGGCGAGUGACAGCAGAUGGGGCGAUGAGUAACUUCCACAGGGAUGGUUCUCUGGGCUCUGGUUCCUAUGGAAAACAGGCUGAGGCUCAGGAGAGUGGCACGCCAGCCAAAACCAUUGGCAGGUUUUCAGUCAUCAGCACUCAGGAUGAAUUAACUUUAGCAGCACCACACUGCUUGAGGUUCUCGGCCCCCCCGGAUGUGUACCUGGACGAGCUGCCCUCCAGCCCGGACAUGAAGGCUGCUGUCCGCAGGGUCCAGACGGCCUCGUCCGUGGACGUCCUGUGCGACCAGGCCUCGAGCGACUCCGCCGACGAGCCCUUCCCGCGGCAGCCGGCGGCUGCUGCAGCUGCACAGCUCUCCCCCCCCAGCAGCAGCACAGCCACGGACUUAAUCAAAAAAGCAGCUGCUUUUCUACAGAGGUCUGCCAAAGGUGGCUCCCCUGGCCCGGAGUCACCCAACGGGCAAGGUGCGAAGAUUCCUACAAUCAACAUCACGUCCUUCCACUCACAGUCGUCCUACAUGAGCAGUGACAAUGACUCAGAGUUUGAAGAUGCUGAUAUGAAGAAAGAGUUGCAGAACCUGAGAGAAAAGCAUAUGAAAGAGAUUGCUGAGCUGCAGACGCAGCAGAAGAACGAGAUAGAGGCACUGUAUAUUCGCCUGGGGAAACCCCUUCCUCCCAACCUGGGCUUCCUUCACUCUGCCCCACCAAGCAGCCGGCGCCGAAGAACCAGCAAAAACAAACUGAAAGGUGGAAAGCUCUUAAACCCUCUGGUCCAGCAGCUCAGGAGUGGAACAUCAAGCACAAGUAACCUUUCAGACUCUAAAGACUCGCCCCACAGAGAAAGCAGUAACUCGCAGCCGGGUUUCCCCGAAGCCGCCGCGGUGCCUCCCGGCGCAGCGCCCGCCCUGGGCAAGGCUGUGCAGACCCAGCAGCCUUGCUCUGUCAAAGCCUCUCUGUCCUCCGACAUCUGCUCCGGCCUGGGCCCCGACGCAGCCGACGCCAAUGCAGGCUCUGGCCAAGGCUGGACGGUUUUCCACCAAACGUCUGAGAGAGUGACCUAUAAAUCUAGUAGCAAACCUCGUACCAGAUUCCUCAGUGGACCUGUGUCUUUGUCCAUCUGGUCCACCUUGAAACGACUAUGUCUAGGCAAAGAUCACAGUAGUAGAUCCUCGACCAACAGCCUGGUGACGUGUCCUGAGCCCCUCCCGCAGUCGACGCUGCAGGUUCAGGCCAACAACAGUAACAACAAGAAAGGGACGUUCACAGAUGACCUGCACAAGCUGGUGGACCAGUGGACGAGCAAAACUGUUGGAGCUGCACAGACAAAACCUUCUUUAAACCAACUGAAGCAGAACCAAAAAAGGCAAGACAUGGAGCCAAAGGCUAACCCCAUGCAAAUGCAGAAUGAGACGUGUGGAGUAAGUUCGGUAAGGACAGGACUGGGGAGCAAGUGCCCCGUUCCAGUGGCUUGCCCCAUGCCCACAGGAUUAGCUCCUGGAGCUGCGCCGUCCCUGCCAGUGCCCGUGCCAGGGCCCACCCUGGCCGGCGCGGUGCCGCCGUACGUGAUGCCUCUCUGUCAGUAUGGAGCCGUGUUCCCCUCGCCCGUGUACGGAGUGCCGUGGCCGGGCCCGGUGGCGCAGCCAGGGCUGGUCCAAAGGCCCGGCGUCGUGCGCUUCUCGCCGCUGGGCCGGACCUGCCUGCGCAUGUACCCGGUGCCGCUGCAGCGCCCGGCCCGGCCUGCCAGCCCGCGGCUGCGCAUGACCUAGCGUGGGACCCUGCCAGGGGACCCUGCCAGGGGACUCUGCCACGGGGACCCUGCCACGGGGACCCUGCCUGGGGGACCCUGCCACGGGGACCCUGCCAUGGGGACUCUGCCACGGGGACCCUGCCACAGUGACCCUCCCACUGAGACUGUGCCAUGGGGACCUUGACACGGGCGACCCUGUCAGUGGGUGGCCUUGCUGUGGGUGACCCUGCCCUGGGUCCCGAUGGUUUUGAUGCCGUCACGUUGGAGUGUUUGCUCUGUACAUGCUGUGGUCUGUGUGGGAUGAGGUGGGGCCCGGGGCACAGCCAUACACUGCAUCAGCAAUCACUGUGAGGCGGCGUCACCACAGAUCAUUUGUUGUCACGGCAAUACCUGCUUCUGUCCCAUUGCUGAAGACACUUUAUUCCUUGUGUUCCGUUUCACACUUGUGAUCCUUAACAUCAUUGUACUUGAAUUGAUAAUUAGCAAAUUGUACUAACCCUGGAGGAGUUCAGUGCCUUGAAUCUCAGCUUUCCAGUCCCAGCUGGAAAGAGAUGUACAAUUAUUUGAAAGGUGUAUUUUAUUUACAAUCUGCUUGUGAGUUGGAGGUCUUUUUAUUUGCGAAGAUAUUGCAGGUUUACAGUUGAUGUUCCUCAUCAAUUUCAUUCUGCUGUAAAUGCUUUGUUUUUAUUCACGGGUUGAAUUUUCACUUCUGAAGCUUUUAGAAAUAAGAAUUGUGAGGUGACGUUUGUUUGACAUGCUUGUUUGAUGCACUGAUCGUAAAAUUGUUGGUGUUUGUACAAGGGGUAGUGAAGUGUAUAUUGUAAUGUAGGAGCAUUUACAGAGUGAUCUAAGGGGAAGGUGUAUACAAGGACAGGGAAGCAGCUUCAGGCAGCGCUCUCCGUUCUCCUCCCCAGCCUGUGGUAAAGUCAUUGUAGAUGACGACUUAAUUCUGUAAUGGGCAGCAAAUGCUGUUUUCCUCUGGAUCAGCAGCACACUGGAUUUCAUUUUCUUUCCCUAUGUUGUGCUUUUAUAAUUUAGUUAAAUCACAAGCUCAUGCAUGUUCCAUAAGUGAGGACAACUAAUGGAGCUGUUGAUUCUAGCAGACCGUAUCUGCAGGUGGCUGUGAGCCCCGUGGGAGCGGAGCACGGCCACUGUGCUUGAGGGCGAUGUCUGCUCCUUGGUGUGCCAGCUGUGUUCAUGCUAAAACAGAAUAAAAAUGUGAAGCUGUUCUUUUUCAUAUCUGACACUUCAAAUUUGGUGUCUCACUGCCUUCUGUUUGGAUUUUUUUUUUAUUUAUUUAUAUAUUUAUCUUUGUUUUUACCCAAGUUUGCGCUCCAGGUGGCACGGACACCUCUCUUCUGUUCGAAAGUUGCUUUUUUCCUAUUUUACUGUGCAUAGAGCCUCCACCUGCACUUAGUGUAAAGGCACAAGGUAACCACUAGAGCUGGUUUGCCAUGGUAAGUCUCCUUCCUUCCCUGAGCACUACGGGCAGCAUUACAGGCACAGGACCCAGGUGUGGCCGCACCCAAAGACCCCACAACGACAUUUUGUAGCCCUCUGCUGAGGGGCAGAGAUGUCCUGUGCUGCCAAGCUGUGAAUUGUAUAGUUCUAUUGUACUUCAAGCAUUAUACCUGUCUAAAUUACUUUGUUUGUACCCUUUGAAUAUAUUAUUCCAUCAAUUCAGUUAGAAUUGAAUUUUAUAGACAAUUAUGCAGAGUCUUCUGCCUGGGCAAAAUACUUACUGCAGUAAGAGAUUUCUGUUCUCUGUACCACGUAUCUUUUAUUUGUUUGGGUUUUUUAGAUUAAUGUCGGUAUGCUUCAUGAGCAAACAUGGAAAAUAUGUUCUCACACCGGGUUCCCUUCAGCUCACACUGAAUCCUACAGUUCAUGUUGCUAUUGCCUGUAUAGUCCAUCCCUUGUAUACUGACAAAGUCAGUGGCACUAAAAGCCCCAAGAAAUUGUAUAGAUUAAAAAGAAAAAUAAACAUUUUGUGCUUGAAAAUGGUGUGAAAAACCCCGUGUUUUCCUAAAACAUAGAGCAGUGUCAAUUUCCAGCUGUUCCAGGUAAUUCUGUGUUUGUUUUCCAGACUCAUUCUUGUCCCUGGACUGUGUAGCAGGAGCAGAUGUGGUGCCUCCAGCAGUUGUUGGGUGCUCCCCACAGCAGUGCCCGGGGUGUGUGCUGGCACCUUGGGGCACUGAGCCCUGAGCCCAUCCUGGGGCUGGGCUCUGCAGAGCAGAGGGGCUGCAGCCUCAGCUGCUUCCUUUGAGCACAUGGCUCCCUCGGGGCUGCUGGUGCUGCUCAUGAGGAUGCUCAGCUUGGUAGGUGGGAAAGAGACCCAUGAACUCUCUCCUGAGCUGCAAACACUAGGGAAGCCCUUCUGAAGGAUCCUGUCAUCAUUUCAGUGUGAGGAACUCAGUCCUGUUGCCAGCACCCUCUUGGCAGUCACCAUCGUUGGGUGAGGCUGCAGGAGAAAUGAGAGAAGGGCAUGCAGGUGUGGCACUCCAGCUUCUGUCUCCGUGUGGCUUUGCUGUCUGUGCUGUUGGUUGGGAAGUCUCUGGUCCACGCUGGCGCCCGUCUGCCCCACGGUGGCUGCGUUGCAUGGCUGUGCUCCCGGGAGAGGCGGGGCGGCUGGGGAGCAGGGCAUGGAUGCACCUUCCAGGGCCUUGGGGGGUGUGCACCUGCCUGUUGCACUGGGGCCAAGCAGGAGCUCAGAAUGUGUUGCUGGCAUUGUUGUACUCGUGGUUUUUAAUUUCCUGAUGGCCCUCUUGGCUGCAGCUCUUCUGGCUGUUCACUUCAAGCCAUGGUUUUUUUGCCCUUGGCUGUGAGGAUUGUGUCACAGGGUGCUUUGACUUAGGUGGCAAUUAAGC